AAGAGCUAUAGACGGAGGCGCAGGACUUGUGCCACAGCGGCUUUUAUUCUGAAAGCGGGAGCCGGAUGUUGUCUUUCUCGAUGCGUCCGCUUUGUCGCGGAGCAGGGAGCGUGGAGGAAGAAGCGAAGUGACUGAGAGGCAGCACGACUGGAGCAAACCCAGCAGUCUCAGCCUCAUGCUUCACCCUGGGCUCCUCUCCUCCUCCUGUCCGCUGUCGACAAUAUUGUGACAAUAUUUAUUUUUUAUUCCUAUUAUUUAGCCAAGAAAAAAGGAGAGGAGGGGGAGAAGGGGGCCGAGUCAUGGAGCUUUAUUGCCUGGAGUCGGACAUAGCCGUGAGAGCCCAGCCUGACCCAAACAUCCUCUAUGAUGACAGAGUGUUGCAAAGUUUAUUAACAAUUGAGGACAGGUUUUUACCUCAAUGCUCAUAUUUCCAGCGCGUCCAGAAGGAUAUUCAGCCUUAUAUGAGACGAAUGGUUGCAGGUUGGAUGCACGAGGUGUGUGAAGAGGAGAACUGUAAUGAAGAUGUCUUCCCUUUAGCCAUUAAUUAUUUGGACAGAUUUUUAGCAGUGUUGCCCACAAGAAAGAGUUAUUUGCAGCUUCUGGGAGCUGUGUGCAUCUUCCUGGCCUCCAAGUUAAAGGACUGCAGGCCGCUAUCAGCAGAAAAGCUUUGCAUGUACACAGAUAACUCCAUCACACCGCGGGAGCUGCUGGACUGGGAACUGGUCGUGCUGGGCAAGUUGAAGUGGAACAUGGCCUCAGUCAUCCCCAAUGAUUUUAUAGAGCACAUCAUACGCAGACUGCCACUUCCCAAAGACAAGCUGGCGAUGGUCCGCAAACACACACAGACAUUCAUUGCCCUCUGUGCCACAGACGACAGUCUUGCCAUGAAUCCUCCUUCCAUGAUCGCCACUGGCAGCAUAGGAGCUGCUAUCUGUGGCCUGCAACUGGACCACACUGACCAGAGGCUGAGUCGGGACCACCUUACAGACCUGCUGGCCAAGAUCACCAACACAGAGGUGGAUUGUUUGAGGGCGUGCCAGGAGCAAAUAGAGCGUGUGCUUGCCACCAGCCUGCAGCAGGGCCAGCAGUACCGGCAGGAGACUGGGAUCAGAGCAGGCAACAAGGCGAGGGAGCAGCAAGACCAGUCCAGCACCCCCACGGAUGUACGGGACGUCAACUUAUGAACUCCCACCACCACCCGACUCACACACAUCACUCAUGAAUGUCUACCAAUGAACUAACGGGACCGAGGGGGCGUGAGCUGCCAGCGUCUACGUCAGGCCGCCACAUGAGCGAUGGUGUGACAAUCUAUGAACUCUUAGAAAAUAAGAAAUUUCUAGUUUUUCUCUUUUUCUGCCCCAUUCAUUCCCACUUGGGUGUCCUUUCACCUUUUGUAUGGGCCACAUGUAACCAAUCAAGCUAUUUAAAAACAGUAAAUUCUUGAAAACUUGAUAGUGCCUUAGGUAUCCCAGAAUGGAAACCUGAAUAUAUUUUCAUACUUGAAAAAAAACAGCAUAAUUAUAUGAAAUAUACAUGUUUCUUUUGAUACAACCUAGCAAAAAUAGAUAUAAAUAAUGUAUAUUUAGCUAGCAUUUAGUUAUGUUACUCUUUUAUCAUCUUUAACGAGCAGUUAUCAAUUCAGUUUUAUUGGGGUUUCCUCACCUGUGAUUCAUACUCGUUUGUGCAGGCAAAUUCCUAUAGUGAUUGAAAUGCUGAUAGUACAGUACAUGGCAUUUAAACCCAGCUGAUAUCCAGCCAGAGGAGCGCUACUGUAGCUAGCUGCUCCCUCUCUCUAUCUAUCAUACUGUGCACCUGUAGCACAGCUUACUAUUUAUGCUGAAAAGUGCUGGCCAGGAGUGGGCUGGGCCUGCUCUCAGAGGAAGGACAUGAGGGGUGUUGAGGUCUGGAGCAGUGGCUACUGUUAAGGUUAACACAGAGGACAAGGUCAGUUAUUAAGGUCUUGAUUUCACUGCUAAAUCCACAGACCAGUACAAUAUGUUAAUAGGACGAUAUGUACAUGUAUUAGGCUAUAGCUCGGCGAGGCUACAUUAUUAUUAUUGUUCUGUUCCUGGUAUAGCUCCUACAUGUUAGAGAGCAAUUAUAAGCCUGAUUGAAAAAAAAGUUGGGAUACUGUGUGAAAUUAAAAAAAAAAAAAAAAAAGAUUAGCAAGUUAUCACAUUGUUUUAUUAAUGUUUCACAUGGCAUGCCCACUUUUUUAGAACCGGGUUUAGAGAGUGUUUAGUGGCUGCAGGUAGUACUGAUGUCUUGUUACUAGAGGAAAAGGAGGUUUGGCAAGUUUUUUACCAGGUUUGAGAGGAAAUUAAUGCAGGUUGAGGGGUUUCUUGAAAGGUUUUUUUUGGAAAAGAGAUGCAUGUGGAAAGUGGGGGAAUGCAAAAGGUCUGGAUUUAUGAAUGAUCGCGAAAUAGCGAGGAGGUCAACUUGAAGCUAUACAAUAUUUCUGCACAGGAGGAGGAGGAGGAGGAGGAGGAGGAGGAGGAAGAACCCCUGGUGAAGUCCAGGGGAUCGGUGUGGUUGUGCUGCAGAUUCUCCUGUUAUCAGUUUUACCAUUAAGUUUGAGAGUGGGCGACAAUAUUGAUGCACUUUUUAAAAACACACUCCUUAAGAAUGGUAAGGGGAUGGUGGUUGAGGAGAAUUCAGUGGGUUGUUAGGGUCUUUUUUUCCAUUUUUCUUUAAGUUAUUUGAUUUUUUUUUUCUGGGCUGGAUUCCCACGGGGUAACGCAUGUUGUCUUGAAAGCUAUGCCCCGACAGGUGACUAGACGCAGGAUAAUCGGUGUUAUAGUGUAAUAGUAUCUAAACUAAGGAAAGCCAAGUCACUUGUAGACUUAGAUUUAUGUUUUUUGUUUAUGAUUCAGUGCGACUAUUUAACCUUACUUGAAUUUUUGUUAAUUCAUAGCCAAAACCUUCCAAUAGUUCUUUCAAAAAGUUACACAAAUACUGUCGUAAAUAUACUUGUUUUGCUCCUUUUAUAUGUUAACUGCUCUCUGAAGUUUUAAAACAGUCUUUUGUGAGUUUUCUCCAUAAUAGACAUGGGUAGGUAGGGAACUUUAUGGUGGGAAAGUCUGACUGUAUAUAACCAAUUUACAUGAGCAGAAAUGCUAGAAAUCCUCAUUACAUUUUAGAACAGAAUUGUAGUUUCUAAAUUGUAUUCAUGCAUGUUCUGUUGUGCAAAAAGCCAAAUGUUUUUUUUUUUCCAAAAAAAAGUGCUUUAAACAGAAAAAAUGUUUAUGCUUUCAAAGGUUUUGUGUAUAAUUUGAAUGAUAAUUCCAAAGUGAGAAAACUAGAUUAUACACAUCAUUCUCUUGCUGCUAUGAAGCUUUUCUUUUCUAGUCUUACACAAAGAUGCCUUAUUGUGAUUCACUUGUGUGCUGCUAUAUUAUGAAAUGUUGUGUAUGUAACAAGUCUUUGCUUCUUCGUCGUUUGUGUACUGGAUGGAACGUAACACAGUUUGGUGCGGGACUGGAAGUACUUGUGUUUGUUGAUCUUUUUGAAUAGCAUGUUUUAUUCUUUUAUUGUCUCAUUUGUAUCUUUAUAUUCUAUCAUAUUCUUGCUGCUUCUUUGUAAUGUUUGUGUACCUCAGGUUAAUUUGGAUGGAUAGAGCGAGAGCCCAUCUCGCAUUACCUCAUCAAACUUCACAUCACGCUUUCACUCUGAAUUUGUUGGACGGGUUUCACUUUUUUUCUGUCUAGGUGGGAGGAAGGACGGUGCCUCUUCUGUUUAAAUCAAAUGUCUUCCACUGAGCAGUUGUAAGUGCCUAUACUUUAAAAUAGGUUAUUCAUAUAUCUAAGGAAAAAAACAGCCUUUGCUGUAUGUUAUACAUGUGUGGAAAAAACAAAAAAAAAUUAUUUUUCCUACUUGGCAUGUUUCGAUCAGUUCAUUGGAAUAAAGUGGAAUAUUGUUUAUUUUUGAGGUAUCCAUUUAGUCAAAGUUUUAAACAUGACAACGUUCUUUAAUUUUUCAGUGUGGUUGUUAUUCCAGACUCCUCUCCCACUAUCCCCAUGUGCAACCACACAAUGUACCUCAACAAUCUCUCCUCAAUAAAUUGGCUAAAAUCA